GUUGUGGAGCUCAACAGUAAAAUUGAAAAAAAAGGAAAACCGGCAAAUACUCCUCAAUUUAUCUAGGGUUUCAUUUUGCGCCCCUCUUUCUAUUUAUCCCCAAACAAGAGGCCAGUGUUAGGGUUUCCAACCCCAAAUUGGCGACCUCUUCCCAAUCCCUAAUGGAUGAAGCCUGGGAGCGCGCGGUCGAGGCGGCGCUCGAAGUCCAUGCAGCAGAAUCAUCAUCGUCGUCAUCAUCCCCCUCUUCAGCGCCCCGAACCCUAACUCUAGAUGGCGCAGUGAAGUGCCUCCAUGGCCGCCUCCCUCCUCCGAGCCUCUUCGAGAAGUUCCCCAACCUCGAGCAUCUUUCCUUAGCCAACAUCGGUGUCUCCUCGCUCGAGAAGUUCCCUCGCCUGAGAAAUCUCCAGCGAUUGAUUCUCUCUGACAACAGGAUCGCCGGCGGCCUCGAGUUCUUGGUUGAAGCUGGCCUCGAUUCGCUGCGUGAUCUCGAUCUAUCCAACAAUCGGAUCCAGCUUAUUGAAGAUCUCGCUCCUCUCGCGCAGUUGCGCUUGGUUUCGCUUGAUCUGUAUGAGUGUCCGGUGACUAGGGCGAAGGAUUACCGAUCUAGGGUUUUUGGAAUGAUCCGAUCUUUGAAGUAUUUGGAUAAGAUGGAUGCUGAUGAGAAUGAGAGGCCCGAGAGUGAUGAUGAUGAUGAUGAGGAGGAGGAGGAGGAUGAAGAUGAGGAGGAGGAUGAAAUCGAUGGAGAUGGCGAGGUUGAUGGUGAAGAUCGCAGGGGGAAGGGGGUAAAUGGUGCUGGGAGGAGUGGGGAUGGAGUCGUGGAUGUUGAUGAGGAUGAGAGUGAUGCUGAUGAGGAGGAGACUGAGGUCGGGGUUAGGAGAGAGGCGAAUGGAUCGCACCAUCAUCAUUCGAAUGGGUUUCAUGUGGCGGCGGUUGGAGAGCAAGUCAGAGCAAGUCGAUGAGAUGGUGAUGAGGAGGAGGAUGUAGAUGAUGAGGACGAUGCUGAUAAUUAUGAGGGUAGUGAUGAUGAUGAUGAAAUGGGUGAGGAGAUUGAUGCGGAUGAUGGGGAGGAUGAGGAUGUGGUGGAGGUGCAUGAUAUUGCGGAUAGUGAUGACGAUGAUGGUGUCCAGGAGGAAGAGGAUGAUGAUGAUGAUGAAGUGGAUGAAGAUGAUGAUGAAGAUGAUGAUGAGGUUGAGGAUGAAGGAGAGAACAGGGAGCCAAGGGGCGAUGGGAGGUUGAUGAGUGCUGAAGGGGAGAUUGAUGGGCAUGAGCAUGGAGAAGAGGAUGAGAAUGAAAAUGGGGAGAUUGGGGAGGCAGAUGAGGAGGGUGUGGAAGAGGAUCAUGAAUCCGAUGAUGAUGAUGAUGGUGAUGAGGAAGAGGAUGGCGAUGGAGAUUAUCUUGUUCAACCGAUUGUUCAAGCUGAGCGAGAUGAAAGAGGGGGUGAAGGCGAUUCCGGUGCUUGCGAUGAAGAAGAAGAAGAGGAGGAAGUCGCCCAUGAAGACACCCAGCCGAGCAAUGGAGUUCCUUCACAACCUUCUUCCUCCUCCUCCCAGAAAAAGAGGAAGAGAGACGAUGAUGGUGAUGUUGCAGAUGACUCUGUUGAGCAUCUGAAAUCAUCAAAGCACUAAAACUUGCUUAGAAAAUGUACAUGGAUGCUAGUAGAGAGGGAAAAUGGGGGGAGGAAAUGGACAACUGAAAGGUGGGGUUUUUAGCUGUUUAUCUGAAGGUUUUUCUGCUGCUUUUUUCAUGUCUGUGUAGGUGUUUAUUGGAAGAAACAGUUGGUAGAGAGAAGUUUGGGAGGGAAAUGAAGGAAUGCAAAAAGUUUGUUUGUAAUCUUGAUCCUUCCCUCCCUCCAAUAUAAUUCAAAAGUUGGUUAGUGAAUUUGUCAGCAUAUAUACUUCCCCCUCUUUUAAAUGACAGUUAUAUGUUGUGUACUUGAAGUUUUUCCCUCCAAAUCCUAUAGAGCAGUGAGGAGUGAUUUGAAUUGAA